AUGCCGAGAAUUUACCAGAAAAACAUCGGUGGUGGGCCGUACAAAAAUUACAAUGGGAAGACCAUGCAGACAUCAAUUGAAGCAGUCAAGAAAGGAUCAAGUCAGCUAGCUGCGAGCAAAAAAUUAAAGGUGCCUCGUACCACCUUGAUAGACAAAUUACAUCAAGACCCAAAUUCUCUCAGGCAACCUCCAAUGUUGACAGAGGAAGAUGAACGCCUGAUCAGUGACACGCUUGGAACUACAAUCCAGGCUCCAAAAAGGUUCUCGUGUCCCGAGAACGAUAGCGCGUGGAGGGGAUUCGAGCGCAUUCCAGGACAUCCUGAAUCAGGAUUCCUGAUGAUCUAUAUACAAGUCUCCAAACCUUUACGAAAACUGGACGACUGGGGCCAACUGAAACGGUGUAUGGACACAGCAAGAGUGGGUGGUUUGCAUGCCGCUUUUUGA